ACGGAGUAAAGAUGGCGUCAGUGUAAAUAAAGUAGGUUGGAAUAUCUCGGGCUUGUGUAGACAGGUGGCGGCGAGUCUCUGGAUCAGAUUAGUCGACCCUUCUUGGAAAUAUGUGCAGCUAAGGGAAGUUGGACAUGGAGUAUUUCGGGAGUUUCAUACAGCUGACGAAAAUUCUCUGGAAUAUUUAUCCAAGAAGGACUUUUCUCACUUCUUGUGUUAGCUAUGAAGGUUCACGUAGUUAGCCUAGCCGUACACCGGCUUAGCAAGCUAGCUAGUGUCCUAGAGCAAAACUAAACUUUAACUAACUAGCUUUCUAAUUAGUUUAGGCUAGGUUAUAUAUAUGUGUGUAUAUAUUUAUCUACUAGUCGUAAUUUACACUAAUUUCCCCUCAAGUAAAAUAUUUUUGGCUAGCUUUUAUUCAAAAACUCUGAAUACAGCUAACUGGGGGUUACAGCUGUGUUCUUUGACUGACAGGAGGGUUACUAUAAUGCUUAUAAGGUGUUUACCUUUACUUCAGUCAAGUGAGUUUUUAGCAGAGAAGGAAAAACAAAAAAAGGUUGUUUCCCUUUAUGGUCAGUGUGAAAAUAUCUCAUUUUAAUGGGUAAAAUAGGUUCAGGGACUUCCAGCUUCAGCUGCUUGAUCAUGGUGCUGCUGGAUGUUGCUCUCUUUGGUGGCAUUUUGUGUGCAGUUGCUGCUCAAGAUGGCCAGACAAUGUCUGCUGAGGAAAAGUCCAAAAUCAGGGAACAGAUUCUGGAGAUGUUUGAUCAUGCUUAUGGCAGUUACAUGAAAUACGCCUACCCAGCUGACGAGCUGAUGCCACUGAGCUGCAGAGGGAGGGUUCGAGGGCUGGAGCCAAAUCGUGGUGACAUCGACGACUCUCUGGGAAAGUUCUCUCUGACUCUGAUUGACACCUUAGACACACUAGCGCUGUUGAACAGGAUGGAUGAAUUUGAAGAGGCUGUGAAGAAGACGGUCACAGACGUCCGACUGGACAACGACGUGGUAGUGUCCGUUUUCGAGACCAACAUCCGCGUGCUGGGAGGACUGUUGGGGGCGCACGUGAUGGCUGACCUGCUAAAGCAGCGGGGAGAGAGGAUGCAGUGGUACAGAGAUGAGCUGCUGCACAUGGCCAAAGACCUCGGCUACCGCUUACUACCUGCCUUUAACACCACCAGUGGCCUUCCGUAUCCAAGGGUGAACUUGCGCUAUGGGGUUCUGAACCCUCUGUCCCGCACAGGCACAGAGACGGACACCUGCACCGCCUGUGCCGGGACCAUGAUCUUAGAGUUCGCCGCGCUAAGCCGACUCUCGGGGGAAUCCGUCUUUGAGGAACAUGCACGGAAAGCUCUGGAUGUCCUCUGGGAGAAGAGGCAAAGAGGGAGUGACCUUGUGGGCACGGUUAUCAACAUCCAUAAUGGAGACUGGGUCCGCCGCGAUAGUGGUGUCGGAGCUGGAAUAGACUCUUACUAUGAAUACUUGAUGAAGGCGUAUAUUCUGCUGGGAGACAAUGUAUACCUCGAGAGGUUCAACACUCACUACAGUGCCAUAAUGAAGUACAUCAGCCAGCCGCCUCUGCUGCUCAGCGUGCACAUGCACAACCCCACGGUGAACGUGCGCAGCUGGAUGGACUCCCUGCUGGCCUUCUUCCCUGGACUGCAGGUUCUAAGGGGAGAUCUGAAGCCUGCUAUAGAGACCCAUGAGAUGCUCUAUCAAGUCACCAAACAGCACAAGUUUCUUCCUGAGGCUUUCACCACCGAGUUCAGGGUCCACUGGGGUCAACACCCUCUGCGGCCAGAGUUUGCCGAGAGCACUUACUUUCUGUACAAGGCCACAGGUGACCCGUAUUACCUGAAAGUGGGCCAGUCUAUAGUCGAGAAGCUGAACACUCACGCGCGGGUCCCUUGCGGCUUUGCUGCUGUGCAGGACGUAAGGACCGGGACACAUGAGGACAGGAUGGAUUCCUUCUUCCUGGCUGAGAUGUUUAAAUACCUCUAUUUGCUCUUCUCGGAGAAGAGCCAUUUACCUUUUGAGAUCGAUGACUAUAUCUUCACCACUGAGGCCCAUCUGCUCCCAGUCUCUCUGUCUAACGCACAGACUCCCUGUAAAGGCAACAGCACGCGCCUUUACACUGCUCCUGAGGAGGACAUGUUUACAUUUGCUUGCCCCAGUGCUCAGACCCUGUUCCCUAAUAACCCCUCCUUCGCGAAGACCAUCAGGGACCGUUACAAAUACCUCACUGGGGUUGGCAGGCCACCCCAUACUUCUUCUGUCAGGGGGAUCGAACUCCCUCUUCAUGACACUGGAAUCGAGCCGGUCGAGUUCCUGAGAAGCAUGGGCAUCUCUCUUACCCCUCUUGCAGAAAUGGCAGCGGCCAGCGGCGGCAUGGUGACCCACGACACCCAGAAAGGUGUGUUUAGAGUGAGGCUGGUAGCUGAGGUCAGCCAUGAAGAAGAGGAGGUGGUGCCACUUAUCGUGCAGCUCAUCUCCCCUCCGUUUUUGGGGAGAACAGUCCUGACAGCGGGGCCAGCGAAAUUUGGAAUGGACCUCACCAAGCAGGAGCAUGGGGUCAAGGGUAGUAUAGUAAAGAGCAUUCCAUACACAGCGUGUGGACACAUAGAGAAUGCAUUGGAGCUGCAGGGCCACGUAGCCGUCGCUCUGAGAGGAGACUGCAUGUUUGCCGCUAAAGCUCGACGAUUACAGCAGGCGGGGGCCAUCGGAGUCAUCUUUAUAGAUCAGCGAGAGGACAGCAACAGUGCUGAGACCCCUCUGUUCCAGAUGGUGGGAGACGGGGAGUCUACAGAGGACAUCACGGUGCCGCUGGUCUUCCUGUUCAGCCGAGAAGGGGCCAUUCUGACCUCUGCCCUGCAGGAGCACCAUAACGUAGACGUCCUUCUUCUGCCUAAGGAGAGACAGCUGGGGAAGGAAAAAACCGAGAAACUGAACAUCAAGUUCCGGCUGGCCAAAGAGGACGAGCACGAGGAGACGGCGGGAGAGAGAAAUACCUUCCGGCUGGUGCUGGAAAGAAAGACGGAGCCUGCGGUAGAAGCUGAGCAAGACACUGUGCCGGAAGAGGCAGAGUCCCAAUCCCAGUGUACGGUGUUCUCUGCAGGGGAAAACCAGGAGCCCUGCAGUCCAGAGAAGAAACAUCUCGAGAGCGGCCCAUGAUGCUGGAAUCAGAUUAGUACCUCGGCGUUUUCGUCCGUGUCCGUGUCCUGGUCGCCGCUAGACUGUCGGCCGAUCCAGGAUCGGAGAAUACAGCAAGACCUGGUCCUGACCGAUCGAGCUUGGUAUACACCCAGUCUCGCAUGGACUGGACAGGGUUUCUCCUCCCUUAUAUUGAAGAAUGGGGUCAAUUUUGUGUCAUUUCUAGUUAUUUGGACAAUGUACGGUAUAGAGCGAGUGGGAGAGGUAUACAAAGCUGUAUUCUUACUUCCUUCUUAUUUACUGCCAUGGCAUUCAUGUACUGUAGUGGUUGGGAUUGAUUCAUCUGAGUGAUUAACAGGUGAAAAAACUCAUGGUUAAGAGGUGGGUAGUGAGCUACAGUAGGACACACUCAGGCCAUAACACUUUGUUUGUUUUUUUUUGUUUGUUUUUGUUUUUUCUCCAUUAGCAUUUAUUCAUUUUUGUCAUUAAGGAUCCAUGAAACAGCGAAGGGUUUGUUUGGCGUUCUGUUUAAUCGUUUACUUAUUUUAAUGAGGAUGCUUGAAAUCCACGCCAUGACUCCGGCCACCCGUGACCAAACCAGAAAUAUCAGAGUUGAUCUGUACUUGCCAGCACGCUGAGCUUUUUUUUUUUUUUUUUUUUAAAGUUGAACCACAUUUUAUUUUUCCAUACUGAAAUCAGGGAAACUAAAGUGCUAAGCCUUGAACGUUUGUACGUCCGUACGCAGGCGUAACGUCCAUACGAUGUGCGUAUCUGUGAAGAAAGACUGCGCUAUGGACGGCCCUUGUGCCAGCACUCUGUGUCCAUCGUUCGUAUACCGCAGACGCGUCCGUUCCUCUCUCACGGAACGAACGUCGACGGGAGUUUUUGAUGUUCAGGUAGCCGAUGAUGGUUCUCAGAUUUGUUUUUCGAAUUUUACUUGAUCCUUUUCCAGCAUUCCCGGGUUUCCUUCUCUCCACUUCCGUUAUAUGUCCUCACAUUAAACACUAAAUUGACUAUUACGUUGUUAAGACCUAGAUCGGGGGUAUACAACGAAAUUUAAGAUGCAGUUGCAUAAAAUACUUUACCCGAAAAGGUCCAGAUAAGCGCCUAACGCGGCCGGACGGUGACGAGUUAGCUUUUAAUUCUUUAGUUUAUCGCUAUAAGUAAGACUAUUUAAAGUGGAUACGUUUUGUUCAGCGCUUUGCGGUCUCACUUUUAUCUAGCGUCAUGGACUCUGAACAGAUGAAUCAAAUCUGUUUUGAAUCUGAUGCUUGGUCUUUAACGUUGUUUGUUGUUGCCUUUUUUUUAUUUUAUUUUCUUUUUUUAACGAGCAUGUUGUCAGUUCAUUAAUCUGACCAGAGAAAAUCUGUGAAGCCGCUCUGUUUUCAGAGAACCCUGUAGCUAGUCUCUGGUCUGAUGAGCUGCCUUCAGCUAAAUAAUUGGCAUAAAUGCGUAUAAGUAACAUCUAAGGAUCUGCUAUUGUUUUCAUGUUUACGAAAUUAGAGUCACUGAGCUAUAGCCGUCUCCCCUCCUCCCCCCUUAAGUUUAUCAGUUCUGCUUCAAAUAUUUAUUUCAGGCCACCGAAACGCAACGUCGGGUCCAAGUCCAGAUCACCUUCGGCCAGUCGAUGACCCCUGGUCUAGAGGACGAGCGUAGGACAGGAGUAGAUCAGGCAUCCAGCAGCUAUUCUAAUUACACAGAGAAUGCUCCUGCAUUGCCAUCAGCUGUGUACACACGCCUGUGUGACGCUGAAAGCAAGGUACGAUCAUGAAGUUUCCUGCCUUCCUGAGAAUACCAUACUAGCCAAAAUUGGAUCGGUGCAUCAUGUUAUUUCUUAACGCUCACAUUCGCACGUACGGGUGCGAUUGGAUUGCUGCAGCCGUUCUCAAGAGGAUGUCCUGCAUUUCUAUAAAGGGCUCGACGAAGAUUAUUUUACUACUCCAAGCUGACGCAUAACCUAUAAAUGAGAUAUUUAUUCCUUAAUAUAUUUUAUAUAUCAUGGCAUUGUUUAUUGUUCUUGGGGAAUGUUGGUUUUAAAGGCAAGCUGAGCUGCCUUCCAGCUGAUGUAAGUGCCAGUGUGAUGAGAGACCUGUUUUUUUUUUUUUUCUCCCUUCCCUUCCCCUUUCUCAGGUCUGUUAUUAUUAGUGUAUUUUCUACUUGUUGAAUGAAAUCAAGUUCAGUUUGUAAACGGGUGGAGAAGAGAAAAGGAUUCGAUUUAAAAAGAACAAUAAAAUGAAUUUAAAAAAAAGUGAUUUUAUGAAUCACUUAACACCGUGA